GCGGUUCUCCCAGCAUCAAUCGUGUUUUAUCCUUCGAAAUAGCGAGUACUGGUAUUCCAGCAGCGCGAAUAAAAUAUAUCAAAUAUGAAGCUGUUUGUCGUGGUCUCAUCUCUGUUGGCCGUUGCCACUGCUGCCCCACAGCUGCUGACCCAGCAUUUGUACGCUGCCGUUCCGACAACUACGUACGUCGCUGCUCCAGUGGCGGUGGCCAGCCAGUAUCACGCCCAGGAUGCCCUCGGACAGUAUACAUAUGGAUAUAACGGAGGAUUAUCGGCAAAGACUGAAGCCAAGUCUUUUGAUGGAGUCACCCGUGGAGCGUACAGCUAUCUGGAUGCUGAGAACAAGCUGCAGACCGUAACUUACACUGCCGAUGCCGUCAACGGAUUCCGUGCCGAAGCUAGCAACAUGCCAGUGGCCCCAGUCGAAACCCGUAUGGCCCCAAAGCCAGUGGAAGAUACCCCUGAAGUUGCCCAAGCUAAGGUUGAGCAUAUGGCCGCCGUUGAGGAAGCUAAGGUGCGCAAUGCUGCAGCUGAAAUGGCUGAUGAGGAAGACACGUCCUCUGUCGUUGUGAACGCUGCUCCAGCUGCCCCAGUCGCUGCCUUUGCUCCCAUCACCUACGCCGCCGCUGCUCCAGCUGCCCCAGUCGCUGCCUUUGCUCCCAUCACCUACGCCGCCGCUGCUCCAGCUGCUGCUCUGGCCCCAGCUUCCGGAUUCUCGUACUCCACCUCAUCGUUGGCUUACAAUAACGAGCCAGUGGCCUACACCACCUACGCCGCUCCAGCUCCAGCAUCCUUCUCCUAUGCUACAUACCGUCAGUCGGCUCCAACUGCUGUCCAGUAUAGCGCCAUCCAUCAGCCAGCCUUCGCUUACUCCUAUGGCGUCCCGGCUUACUACACCACCUCCCAUAUUGCUGCUGCUCCAGUUGCCAUUUCCGCUCGUUCUUUGCCCGAGCCAGCUGCCGAAGUUGCUCUACCGGAACCAGUUCAGGAUACCCCAGAAGUCGCCCAGGCUAAGGCCGAACAUCUGCAGGCUGUUGCCGAGGUCAAGGCUCGCAACCUGCAGUAAAUGCAUUGCACGGAAUGGUGAUAACUCGGAUCUUCAGACAAACCCACAACAUAAUCUAGCUCAUCGGGAAUAAUUCUGCUUGCUCUUGUAAAAA